AUGGUCGCUCCCUCCCGGUCCCUGGUGCGUCUCGCACAGCUGGCUCUCGUGAGCCUGACUGCCCUCGUCUCAGCCCGUCCCACGACCUGGUCGGUGGCCCGGGGCCUGCCUGAAGCCCCGCCCGACGAUCCAUUCUAUCAACCGCCAGCGGGCUUCGAAAACGAAGCCCCCGGCACGAUCCUGCGCAACCGCAGCAUCAUCGCCUCCUUCUUCGGGCUGAUCCCCAACCCGGUCGAAGCACACCAGCUGCUCUACCGCACCACCGCCGUCAACGGCUCGGCCAUCAGCACCGUGACCACCAUCUUCAAGCCCCUCGGCGCCAAAACAGACCGCUUCGUCUCCUUCCACACCGCCUACGACAGCUCCUCCAUCAACUGCACCCCCAGCUACCAGUACCAGCUCGGCACCCCGCAGACCAGCCUCAUCGCCUCCGUUGAGAUGCUCAUCAUCGAGGCCUACCUGCUGAAGGGGUACAUCGUCGCGUCGCCGGACUACGAGGGCCCCGACGCGGCGUUCAGUCCGGGGCAUUUAGAGGGCAUGGGCGUGCUGGAUGGCAUGCGCGCCGUGUCCAACUUCCACAGCACGCUGGGCCUGGACGACGAGGACCCGAUGAUGGUUGGCGUGGGCUACUCCGGCGGCGCCAUCGCCACGGGCUGGGCCGCCUCGCUGCAGAGCGGGUAUGCGCCCGACCUCAACGUCAAGGGCUGGGUGGCCGGCGGCACACCGGCGAAUCUCACGGGCACGCUGCUGCUGCUCGACGAUAGCGCGUUCAGCGGAUUCAUUCCUGCCGCGAUUGUCGGGCUGUCUGCGCCGAGUGCGUAUGGGGCGCAGCUGGGCCCGGUGGUUGAUCGGAUCAUCACGGACGAGGGCCGUGAGAAGCUCGAAGCCGCAGCGACGCAGUGUGCCGUGGCGGACCUGGCGAGCUUUUUCGAGCAGUCGCUGUUUGACACAAGCAUUCAGACGCUGGGUCGGGGGAUUUUGGACGAACCAACCAUCAAGCAGGUGCUGGCGCAGAAUACUAUGGGCGUGAAGAAAAGCGAGACCCCCACCGCUCCUAUGUUCGUCUACCACGCCACGGCGGAUGAGGUCAUUCCGUAUGCGAACGCCUCUGCGACGGUUGACGCGUGGUGUGGCUAUGGAGCCGACGUCAAGUUCACCACGUUUGGGAGCGGAGGACACGCGACUACAGAGGUGAUUGCCUUGCCGGACGCGAUCGAGUUCGUCGAGGCGGCUUUCGGGGGGACCACGGAGAGUGGAUGUUCGAGAAAUACGGAGUUGGCUACUGGGUGA